AUGAAGGCUUUGCAAGGGCGACUGGAGGAAAUGGAGCGUUUCAAGAACCAUAUGACUACCGUUUUUAGUUCGGUGUUGGGGCAGGGCAAAGCCAUGACCAGAGAGGCGUUGGACGUGUUGCCACCGAGGCGUGUGUCACCCAGCGAAUCGCCAUCAACGUAUUUUAGUACAAGACAGCCUGGGUACGCUGGUGCAGCGGCCAAAGUUGAGAUGGAGCAAGCGCCGCACCCAGUACUGCCGCAGCAUUACGUAUCACCACCCAUGCACCAGCCGGCUCCCCACAACAUGGCACCAGGAUUACCGUAUGACCGGGUACCGGAUACGCUACAGAGGAAGCUGGGCAUCCGAAAUUUUGAUGGCAAAAAAUUGUAUCAAGGUCUCGGGAAUAAUUUUUAUAGUGAGGGUGGACGUGCUAGGGCACAACUUGACCGGGAUGGCUGA